CUUCCUCCAAGGACUGACCCUGCUUCAAUGACAAGAUCCCAGAACUUGAAUGAUGUUUUCCCUCUUUCUGAGGACUAUUUUGGAUCUGGCUCUGGCUCUGGCUUCGGAUCAGGAUCUGGAAGUGGCUUCUUAACUGAAACUGAACAGGAAUACCAAGCAGUAGAUGAAAACAAUGUUUUUUAUUACAACUUUAGGCCUCUCAAGAGAAAUCUGCCAUCAGACAACCAGGACUGGGGCCAAGAUGGAAGGCGAAUUUGA